AUGAAAGUACCUCUGGGCACAGCUGGGGGGGAGCCCCAGGGCGGGAGGGCACAGGGGGGCUGCAGAGCGCUGGCCUGUCCCCCAGGCAGGCUCCCCCUGCCUCCCCUGAGCCUGGGCAGCUCCCUCUGCUUUCUCCCUGCAGUUCCCCUCGUGGAAAGGCCCAAGACAGCGAAGCGUGGGGAGAGCCGGCCUGACAGCCCCAAGGCAGAGGGCAAAGAGAAGGACGAGGCUGCCAGCAGCGACGUUGGGGACAGUGACACGGCACAGAGUGACACGGCACAGAGCAGGGCACAGGCUGCCACGGCACAGAGGGGCGUGGGACAGAAGGACACGAGGCAGCGGGGUGACACAGGACGGACUGACACGGAGCAGAAGGACGCGGGAAGGGGUCCGCGAUCGAGCGGCAGAGGACGGAUGGACGUGGGACAGGAUGAGACGGGACAGAGUGACAUGGGCCAGAAGGAUGUGGGGAAGAGUGUGAAAUGGAGGGACAGAGGAGGGACUGACAUGGGACAGGAGGACAUGGAACAGAUCAAGAAGGAAGAGAUGGAGAUGGACAUUGCUGAGGUAGAGGCUCUUCCCAGCUCCCUGGACAGUCCCCCUGCGAUGACCAGCACGGGACAGAUCAAGGAAGAAGAGACCAAGAUGGGCAUCUCCAAGGCUCCUCCCCAUGCUCAGACAAAGAUUGCAGAUGGCACCACCUCAGAAAUGCACCCAGGAGCCCCUGGCAGCAGUGCCCCAGUCCAGAGGGUGCAGUCAGUCCGAGGCGUCCCAGGAUCCCAGGACCUGUGGGUGCCAUCUGAGAGCGUGGCUGGGCCCAGCAGGUGA